AUGAAUAUCACUUCAGAUGAGAGUCUGGCCACUUCUAAAGCCACUAUGGACACAGAGGCAAUUCACGUUUCUGAAAACACAGCUGUGACCCAGGUGGGCACCACCAGAGCCAGACAAGAAUUCUAUUUCUCUUACCCAGGCUUCCCAGAGCCAUCCAAAGUGACAUCUCCAAUGGUCACCUCUUCCACGAUAAAAGACAUUGUUUCUACAACCAUACCUGCUUCCUCUGAGAUAACAAGAACUGAGAUGGAGUCAACAUCCACCCUGACCCCCACACCAAGGGAGACCAGGACCUCCCAGGAGAUCCACUCAGCCACAGAGCCAAGCACUGUUCCUUACAAGGCACUCACUAGUGCCACGAUUGAGUACUCCUGGACACAAGUCACGUCCUCUAGCAGAAGACCUAGCCCUGAUCAGUCCACAAUGUCACCAGACAUCUCCACGGAAGUGAUCACCAGGCUCUCUACCUCCCCCAUCAAGACAGAAUCUACAGAAAUGACCAUUACUGCCCAAACGGGUUCUCCUGGGGCUACAUCACAGGGUACGCUUACCUUGGACACCUCAACAACAACUUUUAUGUCAGGGACCCACUCAACUGCAUUUCAAGGAUUUUCACACUCAGAGAUGACCACUCUUAUGAGUAGAACUCCUGGAGAUGUGCCAUGGCCAAGCCAUCCCUCUGUGGAAGAAAUCAGCUCUGCCUCUUCUUUGCUGUCGUCACCUGCUAUGACCUCACUUUCUCCUGUUUCUUCCACAUUACCGGACAGCAUCCAUUCCUCUUCUCUUCCUGUGACAUCACUUCUCACCUCGGGCCUGGUGAAGACCACAGAGCUGUUGGGCACAAGCUCAGAACCUGAAACCAGUUCACCCCCAAAUCUGAGCAGCACCUCAGCUGAAAUACUGGCCACCACUGAAGUCACCACAGAUACAGAGAAACUGGAGGUGACCAAUGUGGUAACCUCAGGUUAUACACAUGAAUCUCCUUCCUCUGCCUUGGCUGACUCAGUGACAACAAAAGCCACAUCUUCAGUAGGUAUCACCUACCCUACAGGAGAUACAAAUGUUCUCGCAGCAACUCCUGCCUUCUCUGACACCAGUAGCAUUCAGACAAAGCCAACGCUUUCACUGACUCCUGGGUUGAUGGAGACCAGCACCUCUGAAGAGACCACCUCUGCCACAGAAACAAACACUGUCCUUUCUAGUGUGCCCACUGGUGCUACUCCUGAGGUCUCCAGGACAGAAGCCAUCUCCUCUAGCAGAACAUCCAUCCCAGGCCCUGCUCAAUCNACAAUAUCACCAGACAUCUCCACAGGAACCAUCAGUUGGUUCUCUACAUCCCCUGUCAUGACAGAAUCAACAGAAAUAACCAUGAACACCCACACAAGUCCUUUAGGGGCCACAACACAAGGCACCAGUACUUUGGACACUUCAAGCAUAACCUCUUUGACAAUGACACACUCAACUCUAUCUCAAGGAUUUUCACACUCACAGAUGAGCACUCUUAUGAAGAGGGGUCCUGAGGAUGUAUCAUGGAUGAGCCCUCCCCUUCUGGAAAAAACUAGCUCUUCUUCUCUGAUGUCUUCACCAGCCACAACUUCACCUUCUCCUGUUUCCUCCACAUUAACAGACAGCAUCUCUUCCUCUCCUCUUCCUGUGACAUCACUCCUUACAUCUGGCCUGGCAAAAACUACAGAUACGUUGCACAAAAGCUUGGAACCUGUAACCAACUCACCUGCAAAUUUGAGCAGCAUCUCAGUUGAAAUACUGGCCACCUCUGAAGUCACCACAGAUAUGGAGAAAAUUCAUCCUUCUUCAAACAGAGCAGUGACCGAUGUGGGGACCUCCAGUUCUGGACAUGAAUCACAAUCUUCUGUCCUAGCUGACUCAGAGACAUCCAAAGCCACAUCUCCAAUGGGUACCACCUACACCAUGGGGGAAACUAGUGUUUCCAUAUCCACUUCUGACUUCUUUGAGACCAGCAGAAUUCAGAUAGAACCAACAUCCUCCCUGACUUCUGGAUUGAGGGAGACCAGCAGCUCUGAGAGGAUCAGCUCAGCCACAGAGAGAAGCACUGUCUUUUCUGAAGUGCCCAGUGGUGCUACCACUGAGGUCUCCAGGACAGAAGUGAUCUCCUCUAGGGGGAUAUCCAUGUCAGGGCCUGAUCAGUCCACCAUGUCACCAGACAUCUCCACUGAAGCCAUCACUAGGCUUUCUACGUCCCCCAUUAUGACAGAAUCAGCAGAAAGUGCCAUCACUAUUCAGACAGGUUCUCCUGGGGGUACAUCACAGGGUACCCUCACCUUGGACACCUCAACAACCUUUUGGUCAGGGACCCACUCAACUGCAUCUCCAGGAUUUUCACACUCAGAGAUGACCACUCUUAUGAGUAGAACUCCUGGAGAUUUGUCAUGGCCAAGCCUUCCCUCUGUGGAAGAAGCCAGCUCUGUUUCUUCUGCACUGUCUUCACCUGCCAUGACCUCGCCUUCUUUUUCCUCUACAUUACCAGAGAGCAUCUCCUCCUCUCCUCAUCCUAUGACUGUACUUCUCACCCCUGGCCCAGUGAAGACCACAGACAUGUUGGGCACAAGCUCAGAAUCUGAAACCAGUCCACCUCCAAAUUUGAGCAGCACCUCAGAUGAAAUAUUAGACACCUCUGAAGUCACCAAAGAUACAGAGAAAAUUCAUCCCUCCUCAAACACACCAGUGAUCAAUGUAGGGACCUUGGUUUAUAAACAUCUAUCCCCUUCCUCUGUUUUGGCUGACUUAGUGACAACAAAAGCCACAUCUCCAAUGGCUACCACCUCCACUCUGGGGAAUACAAGUGUUUCCACAUCAACUCCUGCCUUCCCAGAAACUAUGAUGACAAAGCCAACUUCCUCCCUGACCGCUGAAUUAAGGGAGAUCAGUACCUCUCAAGAGAUCAGCUCAACAACAGAAAGAAGUGCUUCUCUUUCUGGAAUGCCCACUGGUGCUACUACUGAGGUCUCCAAAACAGAAACCAUCUCCGGUACCUUUACCUUGGGCACAUCAAGCACAGCCUCCUGGCCAGGAACUCACUCAGCUGCAACUCAGAGAUUUCCACAGUCAGUGGUGACAACUCCUAUGAGCAGAGGUCCUGAGGACAUGUCAUGGCCAAGCCUCCCAUCUGUGGGAAAAAACAGCUCUCCAUCUUCCCUGGUGUCUUUAUCUACAGUAGCCUCACCUUCGCCGCUUUAUUCCACGCCGUCUGGGAGUAGCCACUCCUCUCCUGUCCCUGUCACUUCUCUUUUCACCUCUGUCAUGAUGAAGACCACAGACAUGUUGGAUGCGAGCUUAGAACCUGAGACCACUUCACCUCCCAGUUUGAAUAUCACCUCAGAUGGGAGUCUGGCCACUUCUAAAGCCACUGUGGAGACAGAGGCAAUUCAGGUUUUUGAAAACACAGCAGCGUCCCAUGUGGAAACCACCAGUGCUAGAGAGGAACUCUAUUCCUCCUCCCCAGGCUUCUCAGAGCCAACCAAAGUGACAUCUCCAAUGGUCACCUCUUCCUCUAUAAGAGACAACAUUGUUUCCACAACAAUGCCUGUCUCCUCUGGCCUUACAAAGAUUGAGAUAGAGUCAAUGUCAUCUCUGACCCCUGGACUGAGGGAGACCAGAACCUCCCAGGACAUCAUCUCAUCCACAGAGACAAGCACUGUCCUUUACAAGAUGCCCUCUGAUGCCACUCCUGAGGUCUCCAGGACAGAAGUUAUGUCCUCUAGCAGAACAUCCAUUCCUGGUCCUGCUCAGUCCACAAUGUCACCAGACAUCUCCGAUGAAGUUGUCACCAGGCUCUCUACCUCCCCCAUCAUGACAGAAUCUGCAGAAAUAACCAUCACCACCCAAACAGGUUCUUCACUGGCUACAUCCCAGGUUACCCUUCCCUUGGGCACCUCAACGACCUUUUUGUCAGGGACCCACACAACUGUGUCUCAAGGACUUUCACACUCAGAGAUGACCAAUCUUAUGAGCAGGGGUCCUGAAAAUCUGUCAUGGACGAGCCCUCGCUUUGUGGAAACAACUAGAUCUUCCUCUUCUCUGACAUCAUUACCUCUCGCGACCUCACUUUCUCCUGUGUUCUCCACAUUACUAGAGAGUAGCCCCUCCUCUCCUCUUCCUGUGACUUCACUUAUCCUCCCAGGCCUGGUGAAGACUACGGAAGUGUUGGACACAAGCUCAGAGCCUAAAACCAGUUCAUCUCCAAAUCUGAGCAGCACCUCAGUUGAAAUACCAGCCACCUCUGAAAUCAUCACAGAUACAGAGAAAAUUCAUCCUACCUCAAACACAGCGGUGACCAAAGUGGGGACCUCCAGUUCUGUUCAUGAAUCUCAUUCCUCUGUCCUAGCUGACUCAGAAACAACCCGGACCACACCUUCAAUGGGUAUCACCUCCCCUGUGGAGGACACCACUGUUUUCACAUCAAUUCCUGCCUUCUCUGAGACUAGGAGGAUUCCAACAGAGCCCACAUUCUCACUGACUCCUGGAUUCAGGGAGACUAGCACCUCUGAAGAGACCAGCUCAAUCACAGAAACAAGUGCAGUCCUUUUUGGAGUGCCCACUAGUGCUACUACUGAGGUCUCUGUGACAGAAAUCAUGUCCUCUAACAGAACACACAUCCCUGACCCUGAUCAGUCCACAAUGUCUCCAGACAUCAUCACUGAAGUGAUCACCAGGCUCUCUUCCUCAUCCAUGAUGUCAGAAUCAACAGAAAUGACCAUCACCACCCAAACAAGUUCUCCUGGGGCUACAACACAGAGUACCCUUACCUUGGCCACAACAACAGCACCCUUGGCAAAGACCCAUUCAACUGUUCCUCCAAGAUUUUUACACUCAGAGAUGACAACUCUUAUGAGCAGGAGUCCUGAAAAUCCAUCAUGGAAGAGCUCUCCCUUUGUGGAAAAAACUAGCUCUUCCUCUUCUCUGUUGUCCUUACCUGUCACAACGUCACCUUCUGUUUCUUCCACAUUACCACAGAGUAUCCCUUCCUCCUCUUUUCCUGUGACUUCAUUCCUCACCCCAGGCAUGGUGAAGACUACAGACAUAAGCACAGAACCUGGAACCAGUUUAUCUCCAAAUCUGAGCAGCACCUCAGUUGAAAUACCGGCUGCCUCUGAAGUCACCACAGAUACAGAGAAAAUUCACCCUUCUUCAAGCAUGGCAGUGACCAAUGUGGGAACCACUAAUUCUGGACAUGAACUAUAUUCCUCUGUUUCAAUCCACUUGGAGCCAUCCAAGGCUACAUACCCAGUGGGUACUUCCUCUUCCAUGGCUGAAACCACUAUUUCCACAUCAACGCCUGCCAAUAUUGAGACCACAAGAUUUGAGGCAGAGCCAUUUUCUCAUUUGACUUCUGCAUUUAGGAAGACUAACACGUCCCUGGACACCAGCUCAGUCACACCAACAAAUACACCUUCUUCUCCUGGGUCUGCUCAUCUUUUACAGAGUUCCAAGACUGACUUCACCUCUUCUGUGAAAACAUCAUCCCCAGACCGGCCUCCAGCCUCACAGUAUACUGAAAUUCCAGUGGACAUAAUCACCCCCUUUAAUGCUUCUCCAUCUAUUAUGGAGUCCACUGGAGUAACCUCCUUCCCAGAAUCCAAGUUUACUAUGUCUGUAACAGAAAGUACUCAUCAUCUGAGUACAGAUUUGCUGCCUUCAGCUGAGACUAUUUCCACUGGCACAGUGAUGCCUUCUCUAUCAGAGGCUGUGACUUCAUUUGCCACCACUGGAGUUCCACGAGUCAUCUCGGGUUCAGGUAGUCCAUUCUCUAGGACAGAGUCAGGCCCUGGGGAUGCUACUCUGUCCACCAUUGCAGAGAGCCUGCCUUCAUCCACUCCUGUGCCAUUCUCCUCUUCAACCUUCACUACCACUGAUUCUUCAACCAUCCCAGCCCUCCAUGGGAUAACUUCCUCUUCAGCUACUCCACAUAGAGUGGACACCAGUCUUGGGACAGAGAGCAGCACUACUGAAGGACACUUCAUUAUGGUCAGUACUUUGGACACUUCGAGCCAACCAGCCAGGACAUCUUCAUCACCCAUUUUGGAUACCAGAAUGACAGAGAGCGCUGAGCUGGGAACAGUGACAAGUGCUUAUCAAGUUCCUUCACUCUCAACACGAUUGACAAGAACUGAUGGCAUUAUGGAGCACAUCACAAAAAUACCCAGUGAAGCAGCACACAGAGGUACCAUAAGACCAGUCAAAGGUCCUCAGACAUCCACAUUGCCUGUCAGUCCUAAAGGACUACACACGGGAGGGACAAAAAGAAUGGAGACCACCACCACAGCUCCGAAGACCACUUCCAGAGCCAUCUUGAUCACCAGUGUCUAUACUUCCACUUUGGGAACACUGACUCCCCUCAAUGCAUCAGUGCAAAUGGCCAGCACAAGCACCACAGAAAUGACGAUCACAACCCCAUAUGUUUCCCCUGAUGUUCCAGAAAUGACAUCCUCAUUGGCUACCAGCCUGGGAGCAGAAACCAGAACAGCUCUUCCCAGGACAACCCCAUCUAUUUUCAAUAGAGAAUCAAAGACCACAGCCUCACUGGUCCCUAGUUCUGAGGCAGAGACAAGUCCAGCUAUUCAAACUCUAGAUGUUUCUUCUAGUGAGCCAGAUACAACAGCUUCAUGGGUUAUCCAUCCUGCAGAGACCAUCCCAACUGUUUCCAAGACAACCCCCAGUUUUUCCCACAGUGAAUCACACACUGUAUCUUCCACAGCUACCAGUCAUGGGGCAGAAGUCAGCUCAGCCAUUCCAACAAAUAUCUCACCCAGUGAACCAGAUGCACUGACCCCACUGGUCACUAUUUCUGGGACAGAUGCUAGUACAACGUUCCCAACACUGACUAAGUCCCCACAUGAAACACAGACAAGAACCACAUGGCUCACUCAUCCUGCAGAGACCAGCUCAACCACUCCCAGAACAAUCCCCAAUUUUUCCCAUCGUGAAUCAGAUGCCACACCUUCAGUGGCCACCAGUCCUGGGGCAGAAACCAGUUCAGCUAUUCCAACUAUGACUGUCUCACCUGGUGCAGCAGAUCUGGUGACCUCACAGGUCACUAGUUCUGGAACAGACCGAAAUAUGACUAUUCCAACUUUGACUCUUUCUUCUGGUGAACCAAAGACCACAGGCUCAUUAGUCACCCAUCCUGAAGCACAGACAAGUUCAGCCAUUCCAACUUCAACUAUCUCGCCUGGUGUAUCACGGAUGGUGACCUCAAUGGUCACCAGUUUGGCGGCAGAGACAAGUACAACUAAUCCAGCUCUGACAAGCUCCCCUGGUGAACCAGCUACCACAGAUUCAUUGGUCAUGCAUCCUGCACAGACCAGCCCAACAGUUCCCUGGACAACUUCUAUUUUUUUCUAUAGUAAAUCAGACACCAUCCCUUCAAUAGCCACCAGUCAUGGGGCACAAUCCAGUUCAGCUGUCCCAACUCCAACUGUUUCACCUGGAGUACCAGGAGUGGUGACCCCUCUGGGCACUAGUUCUAUGACAGUGACAGGUACAACUACUCCAAUUCUGACUCUUUCUGCUGGUGAACCAGAGACCACACCUUCAAUGGCCACCAGUCGUGAGGCAGAAGCCAGCUCAGCUGUUCCAACUGUUUCACCUGGGGUACUAGAAGUGGUGACCCCUUUGGUCACUAGUUCUAGGGCAGUGACAGGUACAACUAUUCCAAUUCUGACUCUUUCUCCUGGUGAACCAGAGACUACACCUUCAACGGCCACCAGUCAUAGGGUAGAAGGGGCAGAAGCCAGCUCUGCUGUUCCAACUCCAACUGUUUCACCUGGGGUACCAGGAGUGGUGACCCCUUUGGUCACUAGUUCUAGGGCAGUGAUCAGUACAACUAUUUCAACUCUGACUCUUUCUCCUGGUGAACCAGAGACCACACCUUCAAUGGCCACCAGUCAUAGGACAGAAAGGGCAGAAGCCAGCUCAACUGUUCCAACUGUUUUACCUGGGGUACCAGGAGUGGUGACCUCUCUAGUCACUAGUUCUAGUGCAGUAGCCAGUACAACUAUUCCAACUCUGGCUAUUUCUUCUAGUGAACCAGAGACCACAACUUCAUUAGUCACUCAUUCUGAGGCAAAGACAAUUUCAGCCAUUCCAACUUUAGCUGUCUCCCCUACUGAACAAGGGCUGGUGACUUCACUGGUCCCUAGUUCUGGGUCAGAGACCAGUGCAUUUCCAAAUCUAACUGUUGUCUCAGGUCAACCAGAGACCACAGCCUCAUGGAUCACUCAUUUCGGGACAGAAACAAACUCUGUUGUUCCAACUUUGACUGUCUCCACUGGGGAGCCAUUUACAAAAAUCUCAUUUGUCACCCAUCCUGCAGAGAGUAGCUCAACUGUUCCCAGGACAACCUCAAGCUUUUCCCAUAGUGAAUCAGACACUAUGCCUUCCACAGUCACCAGUCCUGAGGCAGAAUCCAGCUCAGCCAUUUCAACAACUAUUUCACCUGGUAUACCAGGUGUGCUGACUUCCCUGGUCACUAGCUCUGGGACAGACAUCAGUGCAACUUUUCCAACAGUGCCUGAGUCCCCACAUGAAUCAGAGGCAACAGCCUCAUGGGUUACUCAUCCUGCAGUCACCAGCACAACAGUUCCCAGGACAACCCCUAAUUUUUCUCAUAGUGAACCAGACACCACACCCUCAAUAGCCACCAGUCCCGGGGCAGAAGCCAGUUCAGCUUUUCCAACAAUAACUGCCUCAUCUGAUGUACCAGAUAUGGUGACCUCACAGGUCACUAGUUCUGGGACAGACACCGGUAUAACUAUUCCAGCUCUGACUCUUUCUCCUGAUGAACAAGAGACCACAACCUCAUUUAUCACCUAUUCUGAGACACACACAAGUUCAGCCAUUCCAACUCUGACUGUCUCCCCUGGUGCAUCAAAGAUGCUGACCUCACUGGUCACUAGUUCUGGGACAGACAGCACUACAACUUUCCGAACACUGACGGAGACCCCAUAUGAACCAGAGACAACAGCCACACAGCACAUUCAUCCUGCAGAGACCAACACAAUGGUUUCCAGGACAACCCCCAAGUUUUCCCAUAGUGAGUCAGACACCACACUCCCAGUAGCCAUCACCAGUCCUGGGCCAGAAGCCAGUUCAGCUGUUUCAACGACAACUAUCUCACCUGAUAUGUCAGAUCUGGUGACCUCACUGGUCCCUAGUUCUGGGACAGACACCAGUACAACCUUCCCAACAUUGAGUGAGACCCCAUAUGAACCAGUGACUACAGCCACAUGGCUCACUCAUCCUGCAGAGACCAGCACAAAGGUUUCUAGGACAAUUCCCAACUUUUCCCAUAGGGGAUCAGACAGUACACCCUCAAUGGUCACCAGUCCUGGAGUAGAUGCCAGGUCAGCUGUUCCAGUUACAACCAUCCCAUCCAGUAUACCAGAGGUAGUGACGUCACAGGUCACUAGUUCUGCAACAGACACUAGUACAGCUAUUCCAACUUUGACUCCUUCUCUUGGUGAACCAGAGACCACAGCCUCAUUGGCUGCCCAUCCUGGGACACAGACUGGCUUCACUGUUCCAAUUCGGACUGUUCCCUCUAGUGAGCCAGGUACAACAGCUUCCUGGGUCACUCAUCCUGCACAGGUCAGCACACCUGUUUUGAGAACAACCCCCAGUUUUUCCCAUAGUAGACCAGAUGCCACACCUUUAAUGGCCACCAGUCCUGGGACAGAAGUCAGUUCAGCUGUGCUGACAACAAUCUCACCUGGUGCACCAGAGAUGGUGACUUCACAGAUCACUAGUUCUGGGGCAGCAACUAGUACAACUAUUCCAACUUUGACUCAUUCUCCUGUUAUGCCAGAGACCACAGCCUUAUUGAUCACCCAUCCCAGCACAGAGACAAGUACAACGUUUCCUGCUUCAACUGUGUUUCCUCAAGUAUCAGGGACAACAGCCUCACUCUCCAUUAGACCUGGCACAGAGACUAGCACAGCUCUCUCAACUCAGACAACAUCCUCUCUCUUCACCCUACUUGUAACUGGAACUGGCAGAGUUGAUCUAAAUCCAACUGCUUCACCUGGUGUUUCUGCAAAAACAGCCUCACUUUCCACCUAUCCAGGGACAGAAACCAGCACAAUGAUUCCAACUUCAACUCUUUCCCUUGGUUUAUUAGAGACUACAGGCUCACUAGCCACCAGCUCUUCAGUAGAGACCAGCACCGGUACUCUAACUCUGACUGUUUCCCCUGCUGUCUCUGGGCUUCCCAGUGCCUCCAUAACAACUGGUAAGCCCCAAACUGUGACCUCCUGGAACACAAAAACCUCACCAUCUGUAACUUCAGCUGGACCCCCAGAAUUUUCCGGGACUGUCACAGGCACCCCUAUGACCUUGAUACCAUCAGAGACGCCAACACCACCUAAACCCAGUCAUAGAGAAGGAGUGAGUCCAACCACUAUCUUGAGAACUACGGUGGUUGAAACCACUAAUUUAGCUGCCACAGGUUCCAGUCCCACUGUGGCCAAGACCACAACCACCUUCAAUACACUGGCUGGAAGCUCCUUUGCUCCUCUGACCACACCUGGGAUGUCCACCUUGGUCUCUGAGAGUGUGACCUCAAGAGCAAGUAAGAAUAACUUUUUUAUUGUGUACACGAAGGACAUGGGGCGCAUGGGCUCUGAAAUAUUCAAUGCCACCGAGAGGGCCCUGCAGCAGCUGCUCGAGCCCUUGUUCCAGAACAGCAGUAUUGGUUCCCUCUAUGCUGGCUGCAGGCUGACCUCGCUCAGUGUUCUCGGGGCGCAGCAGAUUCAGUACCCUUUCCUUACACCUUACAACCCUGCAGCCUCUCUGGCUGAAAAGGAUGGGACAAGCACCAGAGUGGAUGCCAUCUGCACCUACCGCUCAGAUCCCACCAGCUAUGAGCUGGACAGAGAGCAGCUGUACUGGGAGCUGAGCCAGUUGACUCACGGUGUCACCCUGCUGGGACCCUACACUCUUAACAGGAACAGCCUCUAUGUCAAUGGUUAUAACCAUCGGUACCAGACCCCUGCCACCAGCACUCCAGUGACUUCUACAUUCUCCCCAGGGAUUUCCACAUCCUCCAUCCCCAGCUCCACAGCAGUCACAGUCCCAUUCAUGGUGCCAUUCACCCUCAACUUCACCAUCACCAACCUGCAGUACGUGGAGGACAUGCGGCACCCUGGUUCCAGGAAGUUCAACGCCACAGAGAGAGUCCUGCAGGGUCUGCUCAAACCCUUGUUCAGGAAUAGCAGUCUGGAAUACCUCUAUUCAGGCUGCAGACUAGCCUCACUCAGGCCAGAGAAGGACGGAUCAGCCACAGCAGUGGAUGCCAUCUGCACACAUCGCCCUGACCCUGAAGGCCUCGGACUGGACAGAGAGCGACUGUACUGGGAGCUGAGCAACCUGACCAAUGGCAUCCAGGAGCUGGGCCCCUACACCCUGGACCGGAACAGUCUCUAUGUCAACGGUUUCACCCAUCGAAGCUCUAUGUCCGCCACCAGCACUCCUGGGACCUCCACAGUGGAUGUGGGAACCUCAGGGACUCUAUCCUCCAGCCCCAGCCCCACGACUGCUGGCCCUCUCCUGGUGCCGUUCACCCUCAACUUCACCAUCACCAACCUGCAGUACGAGGAGGACAUGCGUCGCCCUGGCUCCAGGAAGUUCAACACCACAGAGAGGGUCCUGCAGGGUCUGGUUAGUGUCUUGCCCUCCACACUCUGCCUUGCUCAUGAUACCCAGUUCCCCUUACAUCAUCCAUGCCGACUGACCCUCCCCAGACCCGAGAAGGAUGGGGCAGCCACUGGAGUGGAUGCCAUCUGCACCCACCGCCUUGACCCCAAAAGCCCUGGACUCAACAGGGAGCAGCUGUACUGGGAGCUAAGCAAGCUGACCAAUGGCAUUGAUGAGCUGGGCCCCUACACCCUGGACAGGAACAGUCUCUAUGUCAAUGGUUUCACCCAUCGGAGCUCUGUGUCCACCACCAGCACUCCUGGGACCUCCAUAGUGGAUUUUGGAACCUCAGGGACUCCAUCCUCCCUCUCCAGCCCCACGAUCAUUGGCCCUCUCCUGGUGCCGUUCACCCUCAACUUCACUAUCACCAACCUGCAGUACGAGGAGGACAUGCAUCACCCUGGCUCCAGGAAGUUCAACACCACAGAGAGGGUCCUGCAGGGUCUGCUUGGCCCUGUAUUCAAGAACACUAGUGUUGGCCCUGUGUACUCUGGCUGCAGACUGACCUCUCUCAGGUCCGAGAAGGAUGGAGCAGCCACUGGAGUGGAUGCCAUCUGCACCCACCAUCUUGACCCCAAAAGCCCUGGACUCAACAGAGAGCAGCUGUACUGGGAGCUGAGCCAACUGACCAAUGGUAUCAAAGAGCUGGGCCCCUACACCCUGGACAGUAACAGUCUCUAUGUCAAUGGUUUCACCCAUCGGACCUCUGUGUCCACCACCAGCACUCCUGGGACCUCCACAGUGGCCUUUGGAACCUCAGGGACUCCAUCCUUCCUCCCAAGCCCCACAGCUGCUGGCCCUCUCCUGGUGCCUUUCACCCUCAACUUCACCAUCACCAACCUAAAGUAUGAGGAGGACAUGCGUCACCCUGGUUCCAGGAAGUUCAACACCACAGAGAGGGUCUUGCAGAAUUUGCUUGGUCCCAUGUUCAAGAACACCAGUGUUGGCCCUCUGUACUCUGGCUGCAGACUGACUUUGCUCAGGUCCGAGAAGGAUGGAGCAGCCACUGGAGUGGAUGCCAUCUGCACCCACCGUCUUGACCCCAAAAGCCCUGGAGUGGACAGGGAGCAGCUGUACUGGGAACUGAGCCACUUGACCCGUGGCAUCAAAGAGCUGGGGUCCUACACUCUGGACAUGAACAGGCUGUAUGUCAAUGGUUUCACCCAUCGGACCUCUGUGCCCACCACCAGCACUCCUGGGACCUCCACAGUGGACCUUGGGACUUCAGAGACUCCAUAUUCCCUCACCAGCCCCACAAGUAAGCACCAGCCAAUGGUAUCUGUGUCCGAGAAGGAUGGAGCAGCCACUGGAGUGGAUGCCCUCUGCACCCACCGUCUUGACCCCAGAAGCCCUGGAGUGGACAGGGAGCAGCUGUACUGGGAACUGAGCCACUUGACCCAUGGCAUCAAAGAGCUGGGGCCCUACACCCUGGACAGGAACAGCCUCUAUGUCAAUGGUUUCACCUAUCGGACCUCUGUGCCCACCACCAGCACUCCUGGGACCUCCACAGUGGACCUUGGGACCUCAGGGACUCCAUCCUCCGUCCCCAGCCCCACAACUGCUGGCCCUCUCCUGGUGCCAUUCACCCUCAACUUCACCAUCACCAACCUGAAGUAUGAGGAGGACAUGCAUCACCCUGGCUCCAGGAAGUUCAACACCACGGAAAGAGUCCUGCAGAGUCUGCUUGGUUCCAUGUUCAAGAACACCAGUGUUGGCCCUCUGUACUCUGGCUGCAGACUGACCUUGCUCAGGUCCGAGAAGGAUGGGGCAGCCACUGGAGUGGAUGCCAUCUGCACCCACCGUCUUGACCCCAAAAGCCCUGGAGUGGACAGGGAGCAGCUGUACUGGGAACUGAGCCAGCUGACCCAUGGCAUCAAAGAGCUGGGGCCCUACACCCUGGACAGGAACAGCCUCUAUGUCAAUGGUUUCACCUAUCGGACCUCUGUGCCCACCACCAACACUCCUGGUACCUCCACAGUGGACCUUGGGACCUCAGGGACUCCAUCCUACGUCCCCAGCCCCACAACUGCUGGCCCUCUCCUGGUGCCGUUCACCCUCAACUUCACCAUCACUAACCUGAAGUACGAGGAGGACAUGCGUCGCCCUGGCUCCAGGAAGUUCAACACCACGGAGAGGGUCCUUCAGAGUCUGCUUGGUCCCAUGUUCAAGAACACCAGUGUUGGCCCUCUGUACUCUGGCUGCAGACUGACUUUGCUCAGGUCCGAGAAGGAUGGAGCAGCCACUGGAGUGGAUGCCAUCUGCACCCACCAUCUUGACCCCAAAAGUCCUGGAGUGGACAGGGAGCAGCUGUAUUGGGAGCUGAGCCAGCUGACCCAUGGCAUCAAAGAGCUGGGCCCCUAUACCCUGGACAGGAACAGUUUGUAUGUCAAUGGUUUCACCCAUCGGACCUCUGUGCCCACCACCAACACUCCUGGGACCUCCACAGUGGAACUUGGGACCUUAGGGACUCCAUCCUCCCUCCCCAGCCCUACAUCUGCUGGCCCUCUCCUGGUUCCAUUCACCCUCAACUUCACCAUCACCAACCUGCAGUACGAGGAGGACAUGCAUCACCCAGGGUCCAGGAAGUUCAACACCACAGAGAGGGUCCUGCAGGGUCUGCUUGGUCCCGUGUUCAACAACACCAGUGUCGGCCCUCUGUACUCUGGCUGCAGACUGACCUUGCUCAGGCCUGAGAAGAAUGGGGCAGCCACUGGAGUGGAUGCCAUCUGCACCCACCGUCUUGACCCCAAAAGCCCUGGACUCAACAGAGAGCAGCUGUACUGGGAGCUGAGCCAGCUGACCCAUGGCAUCAAAGAGCUGGGGCCCUACACCCUGGACAGGAACAGUCUCUAUGUCAAUGGUUUCACCCAUUGGAGCUCUGUGGCCCCCACCACUCCUGGGACUUCCACAGUGGAGCUUGGAACCUCAGGGACUCCAUCCUUCCUCCUCAGCCCCACAGCAGCUGUUCCUCUCCUGGUGCCGUUCACCCUCAACUUCACCAUCACCAAUCUGCAGUAUGGGGAGGACAUGCAUCACCCUGGCUCCAGGAAGUUCAACACCACAGAGAGGGUCCUGCAGGGUCUGCUUGGUCCGUUGUUCAAGAACUCCAGUGUCAGCCCUCUGUACUCUGGCUGCAGGCUGAUCUCCCUCAGGUCUGAGAAGGAUGGGGCAGCCACUGGAGUGGAUGCCAUCUGUACCCACCGCCUUACCCCUCAAAGCCCUGGACUGGACAGGGAGCAGCUGUACUGGGAGCUGAGCCAGAUGACCAAUGGCAUCAAAGAGCUGGGCCCCUACACCCUGGACAGGAACAGUCUCUAUGUCAAUGGUUUCACCUAUCGGAGCUCUGUGCCCACCACCAGCACUCCUUGGACUUCCACAGUGGACCUUGGAAUCUCAGGGACACCAUCCCCCGUCCCCAGCCCCACAACUGCUGGCCCUCUCCUGGUGCCAUUCACCCUCAACUUCACCAUCACCAACCUGCAGUAUGAGGAGGACAUGCAUCGCCCUGGAUCAAGGAAGUUCAACACCACAGAGAGGGUCCUGCAGGGUCUGCUGAGUCCCAUAUUCAAGAACUCCAGUGUUGGCCCUCUGUACUCUGGCUGCAGACUGACUUCUCUCAGGACUGAGAAGGAUGGAGCAGCCACUGGAGUGGACGCUGUCUGCCUCUACCACCCUGAUCCCAAAAGACCUGGGCUGGACAGAGAGCAGCUCUACUGGGAGCUGAGCCAACUGACCCACAGCAUCACUGAACUGGGCCCCUACACCCUGGACAGAGACAGUCUGUAUGUCAAUGGUUUCACCCAUCGGAAAUCUGUGCCCACUACCAGUACUCCUGGGACCCCCACAGUGUACCUGGCAACCUCUGGGACUCCAUCCUCCCUCUCCAGCCACACAGCCGCUGGCCCUCUCCUGAUACCAUUCACCCUCAACUUUACCAUCACUAACCUGCAUUAUGAGGAAAACAUGCAACACCCUGGCUCCAGAAAGUUCAACACCACGGAGAGGGUUCUGCAGGGUCUGCUCAAGCCCUUGUUCAAGAGCACCAGUGUCGGCCCUCUGUACUCUGGCUGCAGACUGACCUUGCUCAGACCUGAGAAGGAUGGGACAGCCACUGGAGUGGACGCCAUCUGCACCCACCGGUUUGAUCCCACCAGCCCUGGACUGGACAGAGAGCGGCUAUACUGGGAGCUGAGCCAGCUGACCAACAGCAUCACAGAGCUGGGCCCCUACACCCUGGACAGAGACAGUCUCUAUGUCAAUGGCUUCACCCAUCAGAGCUCUGUGCCAACCAGAAUUCCUGGGACCUCUGCAGUGCACUUGGAAACCUCUGGGACUCCAGCCUCCCUCCCUGGCCACACAGUGCCUGGUCCUCUCCUCCUGCCAUUCAGCCUCAACUUCACCAUCACCAACUUGCAGUAUGAGGAGGCCAUGCGACACCCUGGCUCCAGGAAGUUCAACACCACGGAGAGGGUCCUACAGGGUCUGCUGGGGCCCUUGUUCAAGAAUACCAGUAUCAGCCCUUUGUACUCCAGCUGCAGACUGACCUUGCUCAGGCCAGAGAAGGACAAGGCAGCCACCAGAGUGGAUGCCAUCUGUACCUACCGCCCUGACCCUCAAAGCCCUGGACUGGACAGAGAGCAGCUGUACUGGGAGCUGAGCCAGUUGACCCAUGGCAUCACUGAGCUGGGCCCCUACACCCUGGACAGGGACAGUCUCUAUGUCAAUGGUUUCACUCAUUGGAGCUCCAUACCAACCACCAACACUCCUGGGACCUCCACAGUGAACCUGGGAACCUCUGGGAUCCUGUCUUCCCUCCCUGAAACUACAGCCACCAGCCCUCUCCUGGUGCCAUUCACACUCAACUUCACCAUCACUAACCUACAGUAUGAGGAGAACAUGGGUCACCCUGGCUCCAGGAAGUUCAACACCACGGAGAGGGUUCUGCAGGGUCUGCUCAAGCACUUGUUCAAGAGCACGGAUGUUGGCCCUCUGUAUUCUGGCUGCAGAUUGACCUUGCUCAGGCCUGAGAAGGAUGGAGCAGCCACCAGAGUGGACGCCAUCUGUACCCACCGCCCUGACCCCAAAAUCCCUGGGCUAGACAGAGAGCGGCUAUACUGGGAGCUGAGCCAGCUGACCCACAGCAUCACUGAGCUGGGCCCCUACACCCUGGACAGGGAUAGUCUCUAUGUCAAUGGUUUCACCCAGCGGAGCUCUGUUUCUGUCACCAGCACUCCUGGGACUUUCACAGUACAGCUGGAAACCUCUGAGACUCCAUCAUCCCUCCCUGGCCCCACAGGCACUGGCCCUCUCCUGCUGCCAUUCACCCUCAAUUUUACCAUCAAUAACCUGCGAUACAAGGAGGACAUGGGUCGCCCUGGCUCCAGGAAUUUCAACACCACGGAGAGGGUCCUUCAGGGUCUGCUUAGGCCCUUGUUCAAGAACACCAGUGUUGGCGCUCUGUACUCUGGUUGCAGACUGACCUUGCUCAGGCCUGAGAAGGAUGGGGCAGCCACCAGAGUGGAUGCUGUCUGCACCCACCGUCCUGACCCCCAAAGCCCUGGACUGGACAGAGAGCAGCUGUACUGGAAGCUGAGCCAGCUGACCCACGGCAUCACUGAGCUGGGCCCCUACACCCUGGACAGACACAGUCUCUAUGUCAAUGGUUUCACCCAUCAGAGCUCCAUGAUGACCACCAGAACUCCUGAUACCUCCACAAUGCACCUGGGAACCUCGAGAACUCCAGCCUCCCUGUCUGGACCCACGACCGCCAGCCCUCUCCUGGUGCUAUUCACACUUAACUUCACCAUCACUAACCUGUGGUAUGAGGAGAGCAUGCAUCACCCUGGCUCUGGAAAGUUUAACACCACAGAGAGAGUCCUUCAGGGUCUGCUCAGGCCUUUGUUCAAGAACACCAGUGUUGGCCCUCUGUACUCUGGCUGCAGACUGACCUUACUCAGGCCCAAGAAGGAUGGGGCAGCCACCAAAGUGGAUGCCAUCUGCGCCUACCGCCCUGACCCCAAAAGCCCUGGACUGGACAGAGAGCAGCUAUACUGGGAACUGAGCCAGCUGACCCAUGGCAUCACUGAGCUGGGCCCCUACACCCUGGACAGGGACAGUCUCUAUGUCAAUGGUUUCACACAAUGGAGCUCUGUACCCACCACCAGCACUCCUGGGACCUCCACAGUGGACCUGGGAACAUCUGGGACUCCAGCUUCUAAACCUGGUCCCUCAGCUGCCAGCCCUCUCCUGGUGCCGUUCACUCUCAACUUCACCAUCACCAACCUGCGGUAUGAGGAGAACAUGCAGCACCGUGGCUCCAGGAAGUUCAACACCACGGAGAGGGUCCUUCAGGGCCUGCUCAGGCCCCUGUUCAAGAGCACCAGUGUUGGCCCUCUGUACUCUGGCUGCAGACUGACCUUGCUCAGGCCUGAGAAGGAUGGGGCAGCCACUGGAGUAGACGCCAUCUGCACCCACCACCCUGACCCCAAAAGCCCUAGGCUGGACAGAGAGCAGUUGUAUUGGGAGCUGAGCCAGCUGACCCACAGCAUCACUGAGCUGGGCCCCUAUACCCUGGACAACGACAGCCUCUUUGUCAAUGGUUUCACCCAUCGGAGCUCUGUGCCCACCACCAGCACUCCUGGGAUCCCCACAGUGUAUCUGGGAGCAUCUAGGACUCCAACCUCGCUACUUGGCCCUUCAGCUGCCAGCCAUCUCCUGAUACUAUUCACCCUCAACUUCACCAUCACUAACCUGCAGUAUGAGGAGAACAUGUGGCCUGGCUCCAGGAAGUUCAACACUACAGAGAGGGUCCUUCAGGGUCUGCUAAGGCCCUUGUUCAAGAACACCAGUGUUGGCCCUCUGUACUCUGGCUGCAGGCUGACCUUGCUCAGGCCAGAGAAGGUUGGGGAAGCCACCGGAGUGGAUGUCAUCUGCACCCACCGCCCUGACCCCACAGGCCCUGGGCUGGACAGAGAGCAGCUGUAUUUGGAGCUGAGCCAGCUGACCCAUAGCAUCACUGAGCUGGGGCCCUACACCCUGGACAGGGACAGUCUCUAUGUCAAUGGUUUCACCCAUCGGAGCUCUGUGCCCACCACCAGCACCGGGGUGGUCAGCGAGGAGCCCUUCACACUGAACUUCACCAUCAACAACCUGCGCUACAUGGCGGACAUGGGUCAACCCGGCUCCCUCAAGUUCAACAUCACAGACAAUGUCAUGCAGCACCUGGUGAGAGGCCUGCCUCCCUCUGCAGCCCUGGGUGCUAGGUUCUGGGGCUUCAAUACAAUAAGAGUGCACCUCUCCCUCCUCAGGUCUGUGAAGAACGGCGCUAAGACACAGGUGGACAUCCUCUGCACCUACCUGCAGCCCCUCAGUGGCCCAGCUCUGCCUAUCAAGCAGGUGUUCCAUGAGCUGAGCCAGCAGACCCACGGCAUCACCCGGCUGGGCCCCUACUUUCUGGACAAAGACAGCCUCUACCUUAACGGUUACAAUGAACCUGGUCCAGAUGAGCCUCCUACAACUCCCAAGCCAGCCACCACAUUCCUGCCUCCUCUGUCAGAAGCCACAACAGCCAUGGGCUACCACCUGAAGACCCUCACACUCAACUUCACCAUAUCCAAUCUCCAGUAUUCACCAGACAUGGGCAAUGGCUCAGCUGCCUUCAACUCCACCGAGAGGGUCCUGAAGCACCUGCUCAGAGCCUUGUUCCAGAGGAGCAGCAUGGGCCCCUUCUACUUGGGUUGCCGACUGAUCUCCCUCAGGCCUGAGAAGAAUGGAGCAGCCACUGGCGUGGACACCACCUGCACCUACCACACUGACCCUGUGGGCCCUGGGCUGGACAUACAGCAGCUUUACUGGGAGCUGAGUCAACUGACCCAUGGUGUCACCCAACUGGGCUUCUAUGUCCUGGACAGGGAUAGCCUCUUCAUCAACGGCUAUGCACCCCAGAAUUUAUCAAUCCGGGGCAAGUACCAGAUACAUUUCCAUAUUGUCAACUGGAACCUCAGUAAUCCAGACCCCACGUCCUCAGAGUACAUCGCCCUGCUGAGGGACAUCCAGGACAAGGUCACCACACUCUACAAAGGCAGCCAACUACACGACACGUUCCGCUACUGCCUGGUCACCAACUUGACAAAGAGAGUUGGACAGGUAGAUGGGUGGAUGGAUGCAAAAAUGGAGCCAUCAGUUUAUCAACCAACAAAACCAACAAGCAGUUCCAGCACCCAGCACUUCUACCUGAAUUUCACCAUCACCAACCUACCAUAUUCCCAGGACAUAUCCCAGCCAAGCACCACCAAUUACCAGAGGAACAAAAGGAAUAUUGAGGACGCGCUCAACCAACUCUUCCGAAAUAGCAGCAUCAAGAGCUAUUUUUCUGACUGUCAAGUUUCAACAUUCAGGUCUGUCCCCAACAGCCACCACACGGGGGUGGAUUCCCUGUGUAACUUCUCGCCACUGGCUCGGAGAGUAGACAGAGUUGCCAUCUAUGAGGAAUUCCUGCGGAUGACCCGGAAUGGUAGCCAGCUGCAGAACUUCACCCUGGACAGGAGCAGUGUCCUUGUGGAUGGGUAUUCUCCCAACAGAAAUGAGCCCUUAACUGGGAAUUCUGACCUUCCCUUCUGGGCCAUCAUCCUCAUCUGCUUGGCAGUACUCCUGGGACUCAUCACAUGCCUGAUCUGCGGCUUCCUGGCGACCACUCGCUGGCGGAAGAAGGAAGAAUACAGCUUCCGGCAACAGUGCCCAGGCUACUACCAGUCACACUUAGACCUGGAGGAUCUGCAAUGACUGGAACUUGCCGGUGCCCGGGGUCUCUUUUCCCCAGCCAGGGUCCAAAGUAGCUUGGCUGGGGCAGAAAUAAACCAUAUUGGUCGGACACA